GACACAUCCUUGCGCUGCACUUCAGCCAUUCCAUCUUUUUAUUCCAGCUAAGAGCUGAAUAAGGUCAUAAAUGUCGGUGAUAAAUUCUCGUAUUAAUAAGAGAUCCCAUCAGGCCUGUGAAAACUGCAGACGAAAGAAGACGCGAUGCCCUGGAGAGCGACCGGCGUGUUCAACCUGCACUCGUCUAAAGCAGUCAUGCCAGUAUAGUCGGAGCUAUGAUUCUUGGGAAAACAGUACUGGGAGCGAUGGCGUCUUGGAAGAUCGACUUCAACAGCUAGAGGAGAAGAUGAAUUUAGUACUGGAACAAUCAGUAUCAAAUCGCAAUGUUGGAAUUCCGGCGCCACUGGGCUCAUACAAUAUAAGCCAAAGUGCAAGCGGGGAUGCUGCAUCAAAGUCUACACCAGACAGCCGCGAAACCCCAGGUAUGCCAUUUCAUGAUGAAAUGAGCCUUCCGUCUGCCAACAUGACCACCAAUCUCGCGAAUUUUAAAAUGCCUCCGAACGACAUGAUUUCCAAAUACGUUGCCCUCUACUUCCAAUACUGCCACAAGCAACCUCUGUGGCUAUUCGACCCUGAGAACUUCUCAAAUUUAUCAGACAUUCCCGAUGAAGUGAUUUUCGGUAUUUCUAGUUUAUCCUUGCGCUACUUUCGUAACCACACUCUAGAUGGCCAGGUCAACCAGCUGUGUCGACAGUACGCCGAGGCAGCUUACAGCCUAAUUUCUUUUCGAAUCGCUCGAGGCAGCGUGAAUCUAUCAACAUUGCAAGCUCUUUGUUUAAUUGCGCUUUCUGAGUACAUUGCCAAUGAUACCCACCUGGCAUGGAUUCACAUCGGCCUCGUCACGAAUCUCGCCAAAUGUGGGGAUAUUGACAUUGAACUUCACGAGGGACAGUCUACACCUACUUUGGAAGCUCGCCGAAGGCUAUUUUGGAGCAUCAAUUUCCUGGAUCACCAGUUCGGGCCACGGAACUUAUCGUUGAAUAUUCUACGAGACAUUCAAAAUCCAAAGUACACAGCCGUCAACAUUGACACCCCUCGAGAAAUGGGUGUAACGCCCCCUCGGGUUCCCGAAGAAACCGGCUCUCUUUCCUCGAGAGGAGGAAUCUGGGUUUACAUGGUUCAAUUGGGAUCACUUUGGAGAGAGGUCCGGCACUACGUAUCACAUUGUGCCAGUGGGUAUUUCACCCCACCAUGGUCCGUUGAAUCCGGCUAUUCUAUUAUCGGUGCUCAUUUGAUGAAUCUUGAAACAAACUUUCCCAUGUCUCAUCGAUAUGAUUCCGCCAGGUUUCAAGAACAGUCGAUCGAGGAACUGCACGGCGAUCGUUGGUACUGGAGCCCAUGGCUAUAUCUUCAAUUCACAUAUCAUGCUGUGCACAGUAUGAUAAAUCAUCCUUUUCUCUACUCGUGGCGGCCCCAACAAUCCGCUCAACUCGCGGUGCCAAACACCUUUUGGAAAACUUCGUCAGAGUUGGCACUAAUACACACAACGUGGACGGUGCGACUCAUUGAUAUGGUUACUGAAAAGAACUAUGCGCUCUCCGACCCAUCGAUCGGCCAUUUAGUAGCUAUUGCGGCUACAAUACAUCUCUAUUACUGCCGCGCUGCAGAUCCCGCUCUGAGAGCAUCCGCUCAACGCAAGGUGGAGACUUGUACGAAUUUUCUCAGCGAUUUGGCUGCAAAAUGGCCCACAUGCGAGGUUAUUUACCAGAAAGUCCAGGCUCUCAUUCAAUCAGCAUUUGCUGUGAGUCCAAGCUCUAGUAACAGCCGGACGCCACGCAGAACAAUAUCAAUCGACACAGCAUUGAUGUGGGACAUUCUCCUUCAAAGCUCUCCACAGGCUCCAUAUAAUGCCACUGGACGAGGUCUCUUUGAACCCUCAUUUUUUGAAACACAGGGAGAGAAAAAUGUCGAGAACGUAACGGUUGAAACGGAGAUUUUCCAUCACUCUACAAGAACAGUGGAUACCUCUGAUGGUGGCCAAGCCUUGCCACCAUAUUCGAGUACCGUACAAGAUCGGCGGCCUUCUGACGGCUCAGAACUGUGGAGUGAAGGUAGCUCACUUCCAAUGAGCAAUGGCACAGUCCACGGUCCGUUGCCUCGGGAUCCUACGGGGUGGUCGGUACCGGGGCUCCAGAAUGACGGUUCCUUCAUGGACAUCACCCGUGAUCCGUUCUAUCAGUUUCAAGACCAAGAUCAUCCUUAUUUGGGGGUUUGGGAGAUUGGAAACUUGUAACGAUGUUGACCGGUUUUGAGGACCCAGCGAGAAGUAUCGUUUAUUGUUAUAUUGAGAUAAAGGCUGGGUCUAUAAUCUAGCCAGUGUAAUAGAGAGCCAGGAAAGGAUGCUCAUCUUGAUGCGAGGGAAUUUGACCCAGUUGUCGAGUAAACUUUGGCUGGUACAAUCCUUGUCGCUUGUUCUCCUAUUGGACAAAGUAUGCUUGAUCAUCCGGUGACAAGCUUCAUGCUGCGACUUCCAAUGUCCUCAAAUGCUGUGCCUCCCGCGAGACUCGAGUGGGAACAACACAGCAAGAACGCCAGCCAUUCCCAGAAGAGCAGCACAAACAUAGAUUGGAAUAGAGCUAGCUGUAGAGGUAAAGGCACCUAUCAAUGCCGACACCAUACCCAUCAGUCGAUUAAGUGCGACCGCGAUGCCAUUGCCAGUGCCUCGAUGCGCGGAUGGGAGGAUCUCGACAGUGUAAGCAUAAAGCGUAGCAUAGUACAUGUUGAUUGUAAUCGAGAUCGCACAAGCAAAUCCCAG